AUGGCAGGCCAGAAGCUCUGUUCCAUCCUUUUUCUCUUGCUCAGCCUCUGGGGUCAUGCACAGUACAUGGCAGCUGUUAUACGAGUGGGCGUAGUUCUUGAUUUGAACUCCACGGUGGGAGAGAUGGCGGAGAGCUGUAUAUUCAUGGCGCUCUCGGACUUCUACGCUGCGAAUGCCAAUUAUCGAACCAGACUCACUCUUUCCACCAGGAACUCUAGGGGUGAUGUUCUCGGCGCUGCAUGUUCAGCUCUAGAUUUGAUGAAGAACGAAGAAGUGCAUGCCAUCAUAGGACCUCAAAGGUCAGCACAAGCCAAGUUUGUCAUAGAUAUGGCUGAAAAGGCACAGGUUCCCAUCCUUUCUUUCUCAGCCACAAGUCCCUCUCUUUCCCCAAAACAGAAUCCAUUUUUCAUUCGGACAGCCCAAGAUGACUCGGCUCAAGUGAAAGCCAUAAUCACCUUAAUUCAAUUUUAUGGUUGGCAAGAAGUCAUCCCUAUCUACGAAGACACAGAUUAUGGCAACGACUUAGUUCCGUAUUUGACAGACGCCUUCCAAGAGGCUGAUGUCCGUGUGCCUUACAGAAGUGUCAUUCCUCCAUCUUCAAAAGAGAAUGAUAUCUUGGAGGAGCUUAACAAAUUAAAGGCAAUGCAAACAAGAAUAUUCCUCGUACACAUGACUGCUUCUCUUGGCAAGAAGCUGUUUGUACUUGCAAAGAAUGCUGAAAUGAUGAGCGAAGGGUAUGCGUGGAUAAUCACACAAGAGUUAUCAGGUUUGUUUGAUCCUAUUGUUUCUACGUUUAUGGAUUCCAUGCAAGGCGUAUUAGGAAUCAGGCCAUACAUACGCAUGUCAAAAGAUCUUCAAGAUUUCCAGGGAAGAUGGAGAAAAAAUUUCACCUCAGGAAAGCCAGACUAUAUAUAUAAGAUUCCUGGACUGAGCCUCUUUGGAUUAUGGGCAUAUGAUACUGUUUGGGCAUUGGCUAUGGCGGUGGAGAAGGCUAGCCUAGAGAAUUCUAGUUACGUGAAGCAAAAUGCUACGAAAAGCAAUGUUGAUCUUGCGGCUCUAGGAAUAUCUGAAAUAGGGCCAAAGCUUCUGAGCACAAUUUUAAGUAGCACUAGAUUUCAAGGACUAAGUGGAGAUUUUCAUUUGGUUAAGGGGCAGUUAGAAGCAUCAGCCUUUGAAAUAUUCAAUGUUAUAGGGGAUAGCGAGAGAAUUAUUGGGUAUUGGACCCCCCAGAAAGGGCUUUCAAGAGAAUUAUUCAAUGUCUCAAUUUCCAAGGACAAACUCAAGCAACCAGUGUGGCCUGGAUACACAGCAGACCAGCCAAAAAAGUUGAGAAUUGGGGUUCCACUAAGAGAUGGUUUUAAUGAAUUUAUCAGAGUUGAAUGGUGUGCUCAGACUAAUGAGCCGAAGGUAUCUGGGUUUUCAAUUGAUAUGUUCCAUGCUGUACUGGCUGUGUUACCGUUUCCUCUUCCUCAUGAGUAUGUGCCCUACGUGAAUGAAAGUAGGCAGAGUGCAGGGACUUACGAUGAACUUCUUUACCAAAUUAAGCUUAAGAAGUUUGAUGCGGUGGUCGCAGACACAACAAUUGUCGCUAAUCGCUCCUCGUAUGUGGAUUUUACAUUACCUUAUUCCGAAUCAGGCGUGUCAAUGGUUGUUGUAAUGAAAGACAGUGAGAAGGAAAACAUAUGGAUUUUCUUGAAGCCGCUAAGCUGGGAUCUUUGGUUAACAAUCGGGGCUGCCUCCAUUUUCACAGGUUUGACAAUAUGGGCUCUUGAACACCGUGUAAAUACUAGGUUUAGAGGGCCCCGAGAGCAACAGAUUGGCAUGAUCUUCUGGUUCUCCUUCUCAACGCUCAUCUUGGGUCACAGAGGAGCACUGGUGAACAAGUGGUCAAGAUUUGUGGUUAUCAUUUGGGUAUUUGUGGUAAUAAUCCUUACACAGAGUUACACUGCAAGCUUAGCUUCAAUGUUAACGGUACGACGUUUGAAGCCAACGUUUGAGGAUGUAGGAGAGAUAAGAAGGAAUGGUUUGUACGUAGGAUAUCACAAAGAUUCCUUCGUUAGAGGGCUUCUCGUAAAACAGUUGCAUUUUAAGGAGUCCAAGUUGAAGCCUUACAAAACUCCAGAGGAGUAUGAUGAAGCCUUGUCAAAUGGGAGCGACAACGGCGGGGUGGCUGCUAUUUUUGAUGAGAUUCCCUACGUUAAGCUCUUCCUCGCCAAGUAUGGCCCUAAGUAUGCAGUGGUUGGACCAAUCUACCAAACUGACGGCUUUGGCUUUGCCUUCCCACUUCGAUCCCCCCUAGUCUCUCACGUUUCAAGAGCAAUCUUGAAUGUCACUGAAGAUAAAGAUAAGAUGACGGUAAUUAGGCAGAAGUACUUUGCAAGUAAAAAAACUAUAUGCCAAGAUCGAAGUGCCAAACUCUCUUCAGAUUCUCUUAGUCUUGGUGUGUACAGCUUCGGGGGGCUCUUCAUCAUAACAAUAGUGGCUUCCAUGUUUUCCCUCUUGAUAUACAUGGGCAGGUUCCUUCACUUGCAGUGGCCAGCUCCAAACACUAUUCCUUCACAAGGAUCCUUAUGGUUGAGACUUGUUGAAUUGGCAAAGCAUUUCGGCCAGAGAGAUCUCAGUUUACAUCCUUUCAGGAGAAAUAAUAAUGAAUCUACCCUAAAUCAUCCUGAAAUAGCUAGUAGUACUGACGAUAGUUUGGCAACUUCACCUAGCGUAUAUGAUAUACAGAACCAUUCAAGGACAUUCAAUGAAAGUGAAGACAAUGCUGCUGUCCACGAAGAUGAUCAAAUAUUUUCCUCAGGGCGGCAUAGUGAUGCAUCUGCGAAUGUGACUGCGGCCUAA